AUGUCUUUUGCAAAACAAUACAUUUUUAAUGUUUUCAUUUCGAAUAACAAUAAAUAUCUUUCAUUCUUGCUACGACCGGAUCCAAUAAAUCACCUCAAACAAUUGUAUAGAUAUGCUCAUACCGAUAUACCGAGACCUAAUUUCGAAGAAUAUCGACGAAAAUCUACGCAAGAUUCCGAAAAACCGGCUGCGGAAAAUAUCGAGAAACGAAAAGCGCUGAGCUGCGUUGCCUCUUUUACCGGUGGAGUUGCUGGAUUGUAUACCUUUAAAUCUCAUCUACUACAUUAUGUACUCUUCUUGUCGCCUUCACGAGAUGUGUUGGCGGAAGCUCAAUUAGAAGUGAAAAUAGGUGAUAUACCGGAAGGGAAAGUAUUAAUCGUUAAGUGGCGCGGAAAACCUGUUUUCAUCUAUCACCGGUCUCAAUCGAUUAUCGAGCAGGAAAGAGCCGUGAGCAUAUCGGGAUUGCGCGACCCGGAAACGGACGACGAUAGGGUCAAAAGGCCGGAGUGGUUGGUCGUGGUGGGGAUCUGCACGCAUUUGGGAUGCGUACCGAUUCCGAACGCCGGAAUUAUAUCGGGCGGCUUCUUUUGCCCGUGUCACGGCUCGCACUUUGACGCGGCCGGUCGCAUACGAAAGGGUCCGGCAUCGACCAACUUGGAGAUACCCGAGUAUAGAUUCAUAAGCGACGACAGUAUCAUUAUCGGAUAAUUUUAUUUAUUUUUUUUUUUUUUUUAGAUUAAAAUAGAUG